AUAUCGAUUUAAAAGGCCGCUGCCAUAGCAACUGGUCUUAUAGGUUGGGUUCCCGUGGCUUUUGCCGUUGCAUUUUAGUGGUCAUCCGAAUGUCACGAAAGGGGUUUUGAAAGUGUAGACAUGGAAAAAAUAUACCGUCUCAAAAAGAGAAUGGUGUAUCCGGAAAUGUUGAAUUUGGACCAAGUGACCAGAAAGGAAUCUGCGAAUUCAAAUGUUUCCUGGGUCAGCGAGCAAAGUCAAUCCCCAAAUCAUACACCGAUUUACGACAAUGGAAAAGUUACGGAUGAUGUGAAAUCACCGUCGCUGGCAAGCUCCUCAAUUUCAAUGGGUGCAAACAGACAGUUCAUCCAAGAUCGGAUUCGACAUUUAGUGGAUGCGUUCACUUAUAGGGCGAACGCAGCGCGCGAACGAAUCCAAAUUCCACAAACUCCGUCUUCUAUAGGAAGUCAUGAAAACUUGGAGCCACCACCGUUGAAGGUGCAACCUAAGAUUAAUGUUGUUCCUGCGGCUCCCGAGGAAUUAAAGAACAAUACAGUUAAAAGCGAUCUAUGGACGCAAAUUAAAAAUAUAUAUACAAAAAAGGUUAUUGAUCCUCAAGGGACUAUCUACGUUGUGUGGAUGUUCAUCGCUGCUUCCGCAGUGCUUUAUAAUACGUGGGUUAUACCGCUGAGAAGCACAUUUCCAUACCAAACACCCGAUAAUAGAGCACUCUGGAUGUUUUUCGAUUAUUUUGCGGAUCUAAUCUAUUUAAUGGACAUCGUUCUCAUUCAGCCACGAAUUAUGUUUUUGAGCGAAGGGUUUUGGAUGAAAGAUAUUAAUUUUACUAAGCAAAAUUACAUACGCAAGAAAAGCUUUAAGCUUGAUCUUGUAUCGAUACUUCCUCUAGACUUACUUUAUGUGUUUCUGGGACCUGAAAUGGUUAUAUUGCGAUUUCCGAGAUUCUUCAAGCUCCAUACAUUUUGGGGAUUUUUUAAUUUAGUCGAUAAAUUAAUUGCUUCUCCUCACAUAGUAAGAAUUUCAAGGACGUUACUUUACAUGAUGUACCUAAUACACCUGAAUGCAUGCGCAUAUUAUGCGUUUUCUGCGUGGGAGGGUAUUGGUAGUAACAAUUUUGUAUUCAACGGAAAAGGAAAUGCUUACAUUAAGUGUUUCUAUUUUGCGACGAAGACGGCGACGUCCAUUGGUAAGAAUCCGAAGCCCACCCAAGAAAUUGAGUUCAUGUUUAUGACAUUCUCAUGGUUAAUGGGUGUCUUUGUAUUUGCUCUGCUAAUUGGACAAAUUAGAGAUAUUAUUGCAACAGCGACUAGAUCUCAAACAGAGUACAGAAAACUUGUAGACGAAACGCUUGAAUACAUGCGGCGCUUAAAUUUACCACAAGAUAUGCAGAGACGUGUCAAACUAUGGUUUAAUUAUACAUGGGAAACUCAGCAUACUUUAGACGAAAAUACGAUAAUGGAUUGUUUGCCUCAUAAAAUGAAAACCGAUAUAGCGAUCAAUGUUCACAUUCAAAUUUUAAAUAAAGUGAAACUGUUCGCUGAUUGCGAUGAAGCAUUGCUUAGAGAGUUGGUCCUGCAACUUCGAUCGGUCAUUUAUUUACCCGGCGAUACGAUAUGCAAGAGGGGAGAUGUUGGCAAGGAAAUGUACAUCAUUCAAUCCGGACAUGUUCAGGUCAUUGGGAAAGACGACAAUGAGGUUUUAGCCACUUUAACGGAAGGGUCAGUCUUUGGCGAAAUCAGUCUUCUUGGUAUAGCGGGAAUGAACCGCAGGACUGCGGACGUUAGGUCGCAUGGAUACUCCAACUUGUUUGUGUUGAGUAAGGCCGAUUUGAAUGCAGCGCUGUCCCAUUAUCCGGAGGCGCAAGAUCUUCUCAACAGAAAAGCCAAAUCUCUGAUGAAGAAAAACGAGGCUAACGAACGGAAGAAACAGGCGCUGAUCGUUAUAAAUAAUCCAACACCUCCAGCCCCGCAGGCUAAGCUCAUAGAUACGGUCUUGCAAGUCCUUCCGAAAGAUUCCAACACCAAUAAGCUUUUACGUUACGGCUCAAAAAUUAAUAAAACUCAGAAUAAAGAGAACGCGGACGAUAGGAAUAGAAGAAGUUUGCCUUCGCUGCGUGAUAUGAGCGAUUGGGAUUUGGAAGAAGGAAAAUUCCAGACCAAGGUUACAGUUCACAGGUCUAUGAGUUAAAUAAUAUAGAUGUAUAAAAUUAUUUGUAUUCAUAAAUUUAUAUUUUUCUAUAAUUUUAUAAGUAAUAUUUAAAGCAGUAUUAUAUGAACGGAGAGUAU